ACAAUCUUUGACGUUUUUUUUCUUCUCUGUGAAGCACAAGCUAGCAACGGCAGAAAAUACGUUUUUGAAGGUCAUUAACAAGCUGUGUUGGUUCUAAAACGUCUUUUUACCGCACGCAUACAUGGACGACAAAGAACGCUUCACUAAAGCAAGAAAAAGUGUGCACUGCGAAAUUGCUGCAGAAAGGUUACUAUGCAGGGGUUGCUCAGUGCUAGCAUGUGACUUGAGGGCUUUGAGAACCUCCACCUCACUAGAGACUCCAGAUGGUGGGGGGGCCUGCCUCUUCACAACUGUCAUCCUGAGACUGCGUUCGUGACGAGACACCAAACACUCCAGCUGCUCUCGACAUAUGUUCAGCUCCUUGGUCAUUCUUCAAUGUUCCUAGAUUUCUGACCCGGCACAUCAAACCGCAGCCAAGAACAGACAGCUGAGUCGGGGUGACAGCGGGGAUGCAAGAGAAAACAGUCGCCGUGUCCCAACUCCUUGACAUUCACGCGGGAAGCAGAGAGAGCCAUGGCUGGAUUUACAGCGACGUUAAGCGUCAACAGAACAUUAGUGUCGACAUGCCCAAGAAAGGGAACCGAAAACGGCUGAAAUUUAAGGCCGGGGACGUUUGCUCGGAGUCAGUGACUGUUGCUGAUUAUGCCGAUGCCGAUCCAGCCGUUGUCAAGUCUGGUAGAGUGAAAAAGGCUGUUGCAAAUGCAGUUCAAAAAGAAGUCAAAUUACUGUGCGGCCUGGAAGCAUCGCUGGGUGCUGCGGAGGUCCUCUCAUCUGCGGGAACCGUCAAAGUAGAUGCUUUGGAGAGCAGCGAUGACUUGGACCUUGAGGAAGAUGGUGACAGUGAAACCAAAGUGGUCCACAAGAAGAAGAACAAGAGGAGAAAGGAGAGCAACGGGAGCAGGAAUGGGGAGGAAUAUCCAGUGGACAUCUGGCUUGUGCUUUCUUCUUAUAUUCGGCCAGAAGAUGUGUGCAGAUUCUCACUAAUCUGUAGGAAUGCCUGGAUGGUCACAUGCACUGCAGUGUUUUGGAGGAGGCUAUACAGACGACACUACCGAAUCGAUGUUGACCUGCCCUUUCGUCUCCAGCCUGACUGCAUCGACAGGAUGUGCUGUCUCAGGGCUUGUGUGAUUCGCUCCCUUUUUCAUUUGUAUGAGCCUUUCAGCUCACGUGUCUCCAAAAUUCCUGCCCUGCCCGAAUCUACGCCAACAACCUUGCUCAAUUCCAAGUGUGUAUUGUUCUGGCUAAAACAGGUGACUGGGACUCGACCAGAAGGAUUGUGGGAAUUCAGCUUCAAGUUUGUAAAACAGGUAAACACUAAAAAUGGUUGUGCGAAGUCCUUGCGCAAGCCACAACAGUACGAAGACGUCCACACCAAUCCUGACUCGGAUUGUCAUUUGCUUCAAGUGUCCACAUUGAAUUACAUCUUUACUCCAGUUGUCCUGGGCAUGACGCUUUCUCAGUUCACAAUCAAUGUUAGCCAGGACAUGCGCCACCACCGCGUUCGUCUGUUGUUCCAGGACUCUCCGGUCCCGAGAGGCAAGAAAAGAGCGGAUCACGGUGGGAUGCAGGUGGUGCUGGACCCUGUACACAGUGUGAAGCUUAUAGAUUGGUGGCAUCCACAGUACCCGCUGUCCAAGUAAAACUGUCACAGAGAAACCCCGACCGUUAUCACACCGCUUGCUCGACACAAAUUUGAUUUGAUCUGAACCCUGAUUUAUUGUGAAUUUAAAACACUCCUAAAGCCUUAGGAGAUGUAACCAGCUGUCUGCUUCUCAAUAAUUCUGCAUGCACCAUCACUUAAAUCAGUCAAAGGUAAAUCUCUUAACUUGUAUAACCACUUGUAUGAACACACAAUAUUUAGUGUGAUUAUAUUCAAUGUUGAAUGACUCCUACAAAUCACAUACAUACAUUGCUUGUAGCCGUUGGUAGAUGACAGGAUUCCAAAGCAAAUGACAAUUGAUUCUUCAGUUUGGGGGUCAACUAUUCAUUGACGACUUGCUGCACUAAAAUAAAAAAAAACCCCUUUGAA